AGUACAUGUAUACCGCUAGUAGUAGGCUGGCUGGCUGGACUAUAACGUGCGUAGAGAGAGAGCCGAGUGAGGAUAGCAUAAGCAGAGAGCGGCGGUCGGGCCACAGUUAGCCACGGGCGCGGAGAGAGUUAGGCGACCCCGAACAUUUUUUACGUUCGGCCCCCUCCCAAACCCGAACGAACGAACGAAGAGGCUUCACACCAUCUGACGUCUGUGCUCUCCUCACCCCUCGACGUCUGUGUUUGUGUGUGUGUUCUGUUUUUGUUACAAUUAAACCCCGGACCGAACCAAUUUAAUCAGCCGUUCACGUUUUGAGUCGCUCGUUCCUACAUUAAAUCGGCAAAACAUUUGAGCGAAACAAGAAACCAACGAAAAUAGAAACAAACAGAAAAGGAAAAAGGAUCAACGAAAGUGCAAUUUUCGAACGUGUGUGCGUCAGAGCGAUUCUCCUUUUUGUUUUUUAGUUUUUUUGUUUGUCCACCCCCGACAGUCGCAACGCUUCUUCUUCCUAUUUUCUGCUGUUUACUGACAACUAAGGAAGAAGUCAAAGAGAGAUUUCCGGACGUCAACCCCAACCUCAUCAAGGUGCAAAAUCGAAACCUCAUUCUCUCCACCCCCGUUUGGCCGGAAGGAAUCUUAUUGGUGUUGCUGCAACAAGCGUGACGUUGCGACUGGGCGGUUGAUAAUCAACAUCCGUCGCUAAUAGCAACGUCAUUCCAUCAUCGCAGUCUUGGUAUUAAAAAAAACAGAAGAAAAACAAAUCAAAAAGGGCGCGACGAGCAGAAGGAGCAGCAGCUAUAGAAAAGUCGCCCAAUGUUAUAAAGUGUCCACUGACACUGUCUAUCUAGUGGCGGCCAGCUUAUUAUUGAUUAUUCAAUUGCCAGUUCACCGGCCCAACAGUGAGCGUGAACUCGUCGUCUCUUUUCUAUUCACCCGAAGCCCGGCCAGCACCACCCCACCCCACCUGGACUAACAACGUCGCCCCUCUUCUUCCUAGAGUGUCUUGGUUGUAAUCUUGUUUACUCGAUGACUGUACGCUGGCCCGUGCUGCGGCUGGCACCCAACGGGCACUGAAAACAUGCCUAGGCCAAACCAGCUGCUCCUCUCUGAUGUGUGACGGAGUCGCAACCAACCAAACAUCGCGGGCCAGUCGAAACAACAACAACAACAACGGCCGGGAAAAAAUAGAGAAGAGCCAAUCAAUGCGGUGGUCGCCAACAUUCAAAAGGAAAUAGCAAUCACGCAAUUGCUGGAAAUUACCACCUUUGGCAAUCCCAAAUCAUCGAGAAACAAUAAUAUCUCUCACCACCAUCAGCCCACCAACGCCGGGCGCCCUUUUCCUGCCCGGGGUUAUCCACAACACAUCCUCCUGAUUUUACUUAACGGCCGGAAUCUAACCAAAAGGUCAGCCUCUUUUCGCCGGAUGUCACAUAAAGGAAACGUUUAGGAAAAGGGCAUCCCCUUUUUUCUCCAUCUGCCGUUCGAUUCCAACAGUUGCCAUUGACUUUUAUUUCUGAAUUGGAAAUAAAAACCUACGAAGAUUUCGAUCAGCUCCAACCAUGUCCGGCCGAGAAGAAGGUGUCGGCUAAUGGACCUCAAGACAUUUGGAUUCGGUGCUGCACUUCAUUUUCAUUUCGAGUUGUUGUUGUUGUUGCUGCCGGUGUUGCUGAUGCCCAGAAAUCAAAUCAAUAAAAUCCUUCGAUAACAUCCAGUCCAGUGUGCGUGUGUGUGUGUCUACAGUUCCGCUUUCGACGCUGCUUGGAGUUUGUUCGUCCGUGGUGCCCGCAAGUGUUUCUCUCUCUCUGCGUGCGUGUCUCGGAAGAAAAAAAAGUUCAACCGAAUAGGAGGGAAAUCGGCGAGCGGCAAAGUUUUUCGGGACCCCAACUGACUACUGGCCCGUCUAUAAUGGAGUGUUAAUACUUACUUUGGCCCACCCUGUACUACUGCUCGACAGAGAGAGAGAGAGAGAGGGAAAACCCUAUUGGCCGCAAGAAGAAGAAAAAGUUUCGAGUUGAUACUCUUGGCGUUUACGUACGUCUAGACCACCCACCCAACCGCCGUUUCCUUAUCUCUCAGUUUUUAGGGGUUGUGUUCCUUCCUGGUGCUACCAUAUUAUUCAUCCCUGCCUGGAUUUGUUUCCCGCACUCUUCCUGUUUGGCCCAAUCCGUUCAAGGCGACGACUGACCCAUCAACGGAUUUGAUUAUUUUUAUUUUUGUUGUUGUUGUUGUUGUUGUUCAACGGGACACACCAGGAUGGUGGCGUUUUGCUGAUCGGAGCGGCUCAGUGUAACCACCAAAAUUUCGAAAAUCAACAGUAUCAAAGUAGUGAUGCCGGGAGGAAGGCGGGGCCUGGUGGCCCCGCAAAACACCUUCUUGGAGAACAUCAUCCGCCGUUGCAGUCAACAACCCGACAGCAGUUUCCUCCUGGCUAACGCUCAAAUCGUCGACUAUCCCAUCGUCUAUUGCAACGAAUCCUUCUGCAAGAUCUCUGGCUACAACCGAGCAGAAGUGAUGCAGAAAUCGUGUCGCUGUUCGUUCAUGUGCGGCGAGAUGACGGACAAGGAGACGAUCCAGCGGGUGGACGAGUGCCUGGAGCAGUACACUCAAGACCAGUUCGAGAUUUUGCUCUACAAGAAGAAUCGUUCUCCGCUGUGGCUGCUGUUGCAGAUAGCGCCCAUUAAAAACGAGCGGGACGUCGUCGUUCUCUUCUUGUGCACUUUCCGUGACAUCACCGCCCUCAAGCAGCCGCUCGAGAGUGAAGAAUCCAAAGGUCUGAGCAAGUUCGCCAAACUGGCCCGUUCGGUGACACGGAGCCGGACCGUUUUGGUCUCGCAAUUCUCCUCGCACAUCCCGGCCGCCGCCAACACCAAGGAAGUGGCUGCCAUCAAUAAGCAGUCCAACUUUGCUCACAUGAUGAGCCUGAAUGCGGACGUCCUGCCGCAGUACCGCCAGGAGGCCCCCAAAACGCCGCCGCACAUCCUGCUGCACUACUGCGCCUUUAAGGCCCUGUGGGACUGGAUCAUCCUCUGCCUCACCUUCUACACGGCCAUCAUGGUGCCCUACAACGUGGCCUUCAAGAACAAGACGUCGGAGGACGUCAGUUUGCUGGUCGUCGACUCGAUCGUCGACGUCAUCUUCUUCAUCGACAUCGUUCUCAAUUUCCACACGACCUUCGUCGGACCCAACGGCGAAGUCGUCUCCGACCCCAAAGUCAUCCGCAUGAACUACCUCAAGAGCUGGUUCAUCAUCGACCUGCUCUCCUGUCUGCCUUACGACGUCUUCAACGCGUUCGACCACGACGAAGACGGUAUCGGGAGUUUGUUCAGCGCUCUGAAGGUGGUGCGAUUGCUGCGACUGGGCCGCGUGGUGCGCAAGCUGGACCGCUAUUUGGAGUACGGGGCGGCCAUGCUGAUCCUGCUGCUCUGCUUCUACAUGCUGGUGGCCCACUGGCUGGCCUGCAUCUGGUACUCGAUCGGCCGCUCGGACGCCGACAACGGCGUCCAGUACAGCUGGCUCUGGAAGCUGGCCAACGUGACUCAGUCGCCGUACGCCUACGUCUGGUCCAACCAGAGCAAUUCGCCCGAGCUGGUCAACGGGCCGGCCCGCAAGACCAUGUACGUCACGGCCCUCUACUUCACCAUGACCUGCAUGACCAGCGUCGGUUUCGGCAACGUCGCCGCCGAAACGGACAACGAGAAAAUAUUCACCACCUGCAUGAUGAUCAUCGGAUCUUUGCUGUACGCGACCAUCUUCGGUCACGUGACGACCAUCAUCCAGCAGAUGACAUCGGCGACGGCCAAAUACCACGAGAUGCUCAACAACGUGCGGGAGUUUAUGAAAUUGAACGAGGUGCCGCGGGCGCUGUCGGAACGGGUCAUGGACUAUGUCGUCUCCACCUGGGCCAUGUCCAAAGGGCUCGAUACGUGCAUGGUGCUGAAUUAUUGCCCGAAAGACAUGAAGGCCGACAUUUGCGUCCAUCUCAAUCGCAAGGUGUUCAACGAGCAUCCGGCCUUCCGGCUGGCCAGCGAUGGAUGCCUCAGGGCCCUGGCCAUGCACUUCACUAUGGCCCACUCGGCUCCCGGCGACCUUCUCUACCACACGGGCGAAUCCAUCGACACGCUCUGCUUCAUCGUCACGGGAUCGCUAGAGGUCAUCCAGGACGACGAGGUCGUCGCCAUUUUGGGUAAGGGUGACGUCUUCGGUGACACCUUCUGGAAGGAAGGGACGGUGGGCCAAUCGGCGGCCAACGUCCGAGCCUUGACCUACUGCGACUUGCACGCCAUCAAACGGGACAAGCUCAUUGAGGUCCUCGACUUCUACCACGCCUUCGCCAACUCGUUCGCCCGCAAUCUCAUCCUCACCUACAAUCUCCGUCAUCGGUUGAUCUUUCGAAAAGUCUCGGACAUGAAGCGGGAAAAGGAGCUGGCCGAGAGGAGGAAAAACGAGCCGAAAUUGGACCAGAGUCAGGAUCAUUUGGUGCGCAAGAUUUUCUCCCGAUUCCGCAAAGGGGGAUCAACUUCCUCGGGCAACCUCUUGUCCGGCGUCGCCAUGCCGGCCGCCGGAUCGGCUCUGGGCGUCACCACCAACAGCAACGGACCGUGCGGCUCGCAGGGCGGGACGCCGAGCCACAGCUCCCGCGACAUCGAGCGAGGUGAACUCCUCCAGCAUCAACUGUCGGCCGAGUUCGACCUGUCGGCAGGUGGCGGCCAGCAGAUUCGGUCCGGCAGCUCCAGUCCCCGCAAGGAGAAGGUGACACUGAUCAAGGCCGUCAAGGAGGACGAGACGGCGUCGGCCAGCUCACGGGCCAGCUCGGCCAAAAGCAAAUGGGGCCGGAUGAUGCGUGGAGGGAGUUCCGGCUCCAGCGACGUGGCCCAGGACGGUGAGCAGCAGCAGCAACCACUGGCCGGCCUUCAGACGUUGUUGCCCGUUCUGGCGACCACCAGUGCGGCGGCAGCGUCGACCGCAACAACAACAGCAGCCACAACGACAACAACGACGGCGGCCGGUCGAGUGCAGUCGGCCGGCUCGGGCAACAAAAUCCACCCGAAACUGAGUCGGGUGCCCGAGCGGCAGGAAACGAGCGUGGACGAAGCCCUUCCGCUGGAUCGGAGCCGGCUUACAGCCAGCCAAGCGUUCAGCACAACCGUGUCGGCGGAUUACAGUCCGCCCGUCGCUGCCGGCCAUUGUCACCAGCAGAUGUCGCGAUCCGACUCCUCGUCCAUCAUCGAUUCGUUCACAGAGCUCAAACAAGAAGUGCGCAGCGAAGUCCAGCGAAUCAACCACAAAAUGUCGCGACUGGAGGACAUCCUGGGCGAGAUCCUUGUCCGUCUGACGCCGGCCAGUGUGGCGGCGGCGGCACAGCCCGCCAAACCACCACCACCUCCUCUGCCGAGCGCUCGAUCGCCCGGUGGCCGCAUCCGUCACGCUCAAGUUGCGCCAGCUCCUUCGUCAGACAACCCAACGGCCUCGUCAGCCGCAAGUUCCCAGCAACCGUUUCUGCUCGUGCCAGGCAACACUGCCGACCCAACGGCGGCCACCCCUGUGCCGGUCGACGUCGACAGCGGAGCAGCUCCCGCCACCCGUCCGACCGGCCGCAGUAGCGGGAAAUCGCUGUCCGGCGGCACCAGAAGUCGAAGCCGGCCCAGGUCGGCCGGCACGAGCGACAAGCUGACGACACAAUUUCAAGAGUACGUCUGACAUUAGAUGGGAUGACAUCAGACAACAACAAAUAAUUCAAUUACUUUCAAUGAUAUUACGAUUUGAAUAAUAAUAAAUAAACAAAUAAAUAAAUGAUAAUGACGUCAUAUGGAAGUCCAACGUGAUGAUGUAAAAGGGAAGCGGCCUAUUUGUUUUCCUUUUGGAAUUUGGAUUCACACACAAUUAUACUAUAUCUCUCAAUUGAGACACGAUGUAAAUAUUAUUAAUUAUUGCGCGCCAUCACAAAAAGUCAGAAUGCAAUUGAAAAAAAAAAGAUUCAAAAACAACUUCCUUUCUUCAUCAUUUGACUGUUACGUGUAUAACUUAUUUAAAUAUCAUUUCAACCCCCCCGGCUCCCUCCACAACAACUUCCCGAGGAUUUUUUUUUCUUCAAUUUACCGAUUGAUUUUUCCCCCUUUUUGAUUAUAUUACAUGUGCAAUUUUUAUUAUUAUGUGUGUUGUUAUCGGUUCCUAUUCUCUCUCUCUCUUUCUCCUCUUGAUCAUUCACUCACUCAUCUUGUGUUAUGAUACUAUUCCCAGUUUUAAUUAUUCAAAAAAAAUACGGUAUACAUAAUAGUGAGAGCUCAACUUCGAGUCUUUUUUGUCCCCGUUGGUUUGAUUACAUUACAAUUUAACGAGUCCAUUUAUUCUCUCUAGGCAUCAUUUGAUUUAUAGCGGCUAUAAUAGCGCCUACUUUUUCGGUACUUUAUACUCGUCGUUAUUCGCCUCUGUCAAAAUCACCCGCCCACCUUAAUUCACCUCUCUAUCCCUCAAAAAAAAAAAGAAACAAACCAAAAAAAAAAAAAAGAAAAGCCAAAAACGAAUUUGAAA